CUACCGAUUGAUAUAUCAAUUAUGGAUACAUAACACGUUUCUGGUGCUGUUUCCUCGGCGUGGGUGAUGGAUGAGGACAAAGAAUUCUCUUGUUUGUACCAGGCGUAUUUAAAUCCGGCUUUUUCUGAAGAAAAAGAGAGCAUAGGCCUGCCCGCAGUUGAGACAUCAGGCAAGGAGCUAGACGGGGAUCCACCUCCCUUACCGUCAGAAGACAUGCCGGCGUUACCCCUCCACAAACGACAAGAUUUCUGGGCAUGGAUAGGCAACUUGUUGUUUUUCCUUGGGCUAGCGGGCGCCAUCUGGGGGAUCGGCAAUGCAAAAGGCUGGUAUGCACCAUCCGGGUAUGCCCACAAUGAAAGUGAGACGUCACAGCAGCGCUUCCUCAAAGAACCAAUUACCCCGGAACCGGGAGUCAGGGGCAGGGAUGGUGUCGGGGCUUCCGGAAGGUGGUACUACUGGCGACUCAAGCCUGAAGACCAGAACAUCUACACCCAUCUGUUCGUGUGGAUGUCGUACGUUGCCCACCAGCUCUUUGCUUGGACUGCGUUAUAUUUGGCUCAGUAUUUCAAGAACUUGCCCUCGGCUACUGGACCGCGAUUUAGUACAAACCUUGAGUGGUAUAACUGGAUGGGUAUUGCCAUCAACAUUGGCUUUCACCUCCUUCACCUCCUACAAACUCACACGACAUACGAUGCACUGGCUGCUGAUGUCGCUAUCAGUAGUUCUCAAUGCUCAGUUAUAAUGCUCAUCAUCUACAUAUUCAUAAUAGAAUAUCGCGACAGAGGCUAUGCCUUCGGCUGGCCCUCCCAAUACGACACUGGUUGCGCAACUAAGGUCCGGUUGACUUACGGUCCGAUGUACCUUGUCCGCAAGUACCACGGCUAUGCAUUCAGCUGGGGAGCCAUUUAUACGUUCUGGUACCAUCCCAUGGAAAAUACUUGGGGACACGUCCUAGGUUUUGCGCACACCUACAUGAUUCUAGUUCAAGGAAGUUUGGUGUUUACGAAGAUGCACCUGAACAAGUACUGGCGCUUCAUCCUGGAGACCUGGGUGACCUUGCACGGGUCGUUGGUGGCCUACCAGACUGGCGGCCCAGAUCAUGUCAUCUGGCCCAUGUUUUGCUUCGGCUUUUCCACAAUGGUUGUAGUUACUCAGAUCUUCACCUUGCCGUUCUGGCGAAAGAUUCCCGUAUGGGUACGUCCUUUCCCAGCACUUAUACUGCUGGCCGUCAUCAUCUAUUGCUACAGCUGGAUCCCCGACGCACAAGGAAGAUACUUUGUCGGGAUGAUUGAGGUCAUAUUCAUCCCUGCCCUACUCCUCCUGGCUCCACUUGCAAUAUGGUUCCUACUCUGGCUGUAUCUAAAAGUGGAAGAGAAAUGUAAAAACAGGAAUACAGACUCUCAGAAGCCGAAACGAAAUCUAGCAUCGUCCAUUUUGUUUUUCUUGUGCAGUAUCACUAUACUCUCCAGCUGUACUGUCAUAGGAUUUCUAAUACAAUAUUUUGAUACUAAAAUGACACUUCCGACCAUGAUGCCAAUUUUGAGUUUUGCGUAUAGUAUCAUUGUAAGCAUUCAGCUGAUCGUGUCGAAGCAAAUGUUCCCUUGCACUGACAUCAUGCCCCGGAAAGUGGCACCUGCUGACUACGACGUGUCUGAUGAAAAAGAGAAGGAAACGUAAAUAGGCUGACCAAUGUAUUUAAGAAAUCAACUAAUACACAAUGCCGUAGUGCAGUCAUUAUGAAAACAAAUAUAUCUAAACUUGGUAUUCAUAGUAUUUAUAUAGGACCAUUUAUAUAUUAGUAUACACAACGGCAAUGUUGAAAAUGUACAUUAAGGACGUAAUUCUGCAAUUGAAAAUGUUUAAUUCAAUUACAAGUCAAAACUUUUAACGAACGGCGUAGGAAUUUUAUAAGCACGGCUUUUAAUCAAAAUUUAUAUAUGUGAAAUUACACCCCAAGAAAUAUUGUAUCCUCAAUUAUGUUUAUAAAACAAUGCUUUCGAAUAAAUGUUUUAUUUUUCUUAAAA